AUGGGUUCCAUGGAAGUAGUGGGUGAAGAUGUCCAGCCGAGAAGUUACUGGAGAUGCAGCAAACAAGAUUUCCUGCCCGAAGAAUCCUUUCAGAAUUGGAGCACAUACCGAGCGGCCCUGUCGCAAACAGGCCACAGGUUCAAGAACCGUCUCCUCAGCAGAUCGAAUGACAACGAUGAGAUUCGGGAGCUUCGGAAGCAAAGUGAGAACGACAUGAAGCGCUGCCUCACGUGGUGGGAUCUCAUCUGGUUCGGGUUUGGUUCGGUCAUUGGUGCAGGCAUCUUUGUGCUUACUGGCCAAGAAACGCAUAAGCAUGCUGGACCGGCUAUUGUCUUGUCCUACGUUGCGUCUGGUAUCUCGGCAAUGCUCUCUGUCUUUUGCUACACAGAGUUUUCAGUAGAAGUCCCGGUGGCCGGCGGAGCUUUUGCUUACCUGCGGAUAGAACUGGGGGACUUUGUUGCAUUCAUAACAGCAGGAAACAUACUUCUAGAGAGCAUUGUCGGAAGUGCAGCAGUUGCUAGAGCAUGGACUUCUUACUUCACAACGCUCUUGAAUCGUCCUUCCAACUCGCUACGCAUCCACACAAAUCUGGCGGAGGGGUUCAAUCUGCUGGACCCGAUAGCCGUCGCUGUACUAGCAGUAGCUGCAACAAUUGCAAUGAUCAGCACAAGGAAGACCUCUUACUUGAACUGGAUAGCAUCUGCAGUCAAUAACGUUAUCAUUUUGUUUGUGAUAGUUGCAGCGUUUGUCCACGCCAAGCCGUCGAAUUUGAAGCCCUUUUUUCCCUUUGGGGCCAAAGGAGUCUUUCAGGCAGCUGCAAUUGUUUACUUUGCUUAUGGAGGAUUUGACAAUAUCGCCACCAUGGCCGAAGAAACAAAAAAUCCAUCCAGAGACAUACCGCUGGGAUUGCUUGGAUCAAUGACAAUCAUCACCGUCGUAUACUGUUUAAUGGCACUUUCACUGCCUAUGAUGCAGAAAUACACAGAUAUAGACCCAAAUGCAGCCUACUCUGUGGCAUUUCAAAGUGUCGGCAUGACAUGGGCCAAGUACCUGGUAGCUCUUGGUGCGCUUAAGGGAAUGACCACUGUUCUUCUGGUUGGGACACUUGGACAGGCACGGUAUAUCACUCAUAUUGCACGAGCCCACAUGAUUCCACCAUGGUUUGCUCUUGUUCAUCCAAAGACAGGAACCCCCAUAAACGCUACAGUUUUGAUUGCCAUCUCAAGUGGCUGCAUCGCUUUCUUUUCGAGCUUGGAUGUCUUGGCGAGCCUGUUAUCAGUGAGCACGCUCUUUAUCUUCAUGAUGAUGGCAGUCGCACUUCUAGUGAGGAGAUACUAUGUGAGGGAAAUCACCCCACAACAACACCUCUGGAAGCUAGCAAGUUUCUUGCUGAUCAUUAUUGCUUCCUCAAUGGGGACUUCAGCUUACUGGGGGCUGAAUCCCAACGGUUGGGUUGGCUACGUCGUGACAGUUCCUCUUUGGUUUGGGACUUUGGCGAUGGCGGUGUUUUUACCUCAACAAAGGUCACCAAAAGUUUGGGGAGUUCCGCUGGUUCCUUGGUUGCCAUCCUUGUCAAUUGCGACAAACAUCUUCCUUAUGGGAUCCUUGGGUCCUGAAGCUUUUGAAAGAUUUGGAAUCUGUACUGUGGUAAUGCUUAUUUACUACGUCUUCUUUGGUCUGCAUGCAACUUACGAUAUGGCGCAUAAGCAAGACACGCCAGAAUCCCUGAAAGUUGAUGGCGGCAAUAUCAGAGAGAAGGCAGAGCCUUGAAAUCAUAGCACUCUCUGAAUGUUUGUAUGAAUGCUGCUUCAGUUUCUUUUCAUGUUAUGAUGCAACGUGUUCCGAGUAAAAAUUGUUCUUAGUGUAACAGUAAACAAAACUAUACUACUUGCAGCAAUAUGAUGAUUACUUAUAAAUGA